CUGUACCCCCGUGCACGUGCUCAUUUUUAACAUUCUUUUCAAUUCCAAUCUCCCCGUUGUGAACGACUCAUUACGUCAGAUCGUCCAACACUUUUUCUAAUAAUUCUAGUGGAGGGGAUACGAUCCAACCUGUGACGUUUACGAGCUAGAUCUUACGACUUACGAUACUUGUCCGCGCCAAACGAAUGAGCCGUCCUUGCCGGAUCCAUUUUGUCGGUUAACGUUGAUUCCCUGUUUUCUGUUCGAUCCUAACCGCGAUUAAAGAAGAGGCCCUACGAAAAUGAUCCCGAACUGCAUCAGAAAUAUCGGCGUGCAAACGUCAAAACGCAACUUCGGGAGCUGGAACGAGGUGGUGUCUUUUUUCUGCAAUAAGAAAAAUAAUUAUGCCACAGAAGCUUCAUUUGAUACGAAACCUUUUCGAUUACACAAACUGGACAGUGGACCCUCUACUCAUGUCACAGUUACCAGGGACGAGGCCUUAGAUCUUUAUAGGCAAUUACACACAAUUCGUCGUAUGGAAACAGCAGCGGGAAACCUCUACAAAGAAAAAAUUGUCCGAGGUUUCUGCCAUUUAUAUUCUGGCCAGGAAGCUUGUGCAGUCGGAAUGAAAGCUGCUCUCAGGCCUCAGGACUCUGUGAUCACUGCCUACCGUGCUCAUGGGUGGACUUAUUUAAUGGGCAUUGAACCAUUCGGUGUUUUAGCUGAAUUAACUGGUAGAAAGGGUGGCAAUGCAAAAGGCAAGGGUGGUUCUAUGCAUAUGUACACUAAAAACUUUUAUGGUGGAAACGGUAUUGUCGGUGCUCAAGUGCCAUUGGGAGUUGGAAUUGCCUUUGCUCAGAAGUAUAUGAAUACUGGAGGAGUAUGUCUUGCGUUAUAUGGAGACGGCGCAGCUAACCAAGGACAAGUAUUCGAAGUAUACAACAUGGCAAAGUUAUGGGACGUUCCUUGUAUCUUUGUCUGCGAAAAUAAUGGAUAUGGUAUGGGUACUAGCGUUGAUCGUGCUUCGGCUAGCACAGACUACUACACACGAGGAGAUUACGUUCCUGGAAUUUGGGUGGAUGGUAUGGAUGUGUUAGCCGUCAGGGAAGCAACAAGAUUCGCCGUCGAUCAUUGCACAUCUGGUAAAGGGCCUAUUGUUAUGGAGACUGUAACCUACAGAUACAGUGGUCACAGUAUGUCCGAUCCUGGUACUAGUUACCGUACUAGAGAAGAAAUUCAAGAAGUGAGGCAAAGUCGUGAUCCUAUCACUGGGUUCAAGGAACGAAUCUUGAAUGCUAAAAUCGUCACCCAAGACGAAAUUAAAGCAAUGGAAAACGAAAUAAGGAAACAAGUCGAUGAUGCCGUGAAAGCUGCUAAGGCGGACACGGAAAUUCCAUCGAACGAGCUUACUGCUGACAUUUACGCGAAUUGCCUAGAGAAGGAAAUCCGAAAUGUAACUCCAUUCAACCCACUGCCGCAUACGAGGCUAGGCCCUGCAGUUAACGCUUAAAGAAAUUCUCUUGGAAAAAAACUCUAGCGGAUGAAAUUGUAUUAAAACUCUUUAAAACAAAACCUGCCACCACAAAAACUCAUAUAGUUUGUACAAAAGAAUUUGUGGGGGGACAUUCUCUCCACCUUAGGCGAAAGAUGUAGUCGGCAAUCUAACUGUACAUAAUACGCUUACAACUGUGAAUCGAAACAGUAAACGUAUCAAAGACAA